AGGCGGGUUUCCCUUACCUUUCGCCAGACCCCGUCACUGGGCAAAGUGGAGUAAUGUCUCAAAUUUGAUAUCCUUCGUAUUAUGAUAUUUACGGUUCCACAGCCGCGGGCGCCGGUGCGUGGGCCCCGCCCUGACCUGCAUGUGCGCGUGCGCAGAAAUAAGAACCCGGGCUGUACGGCGCGGAGCCGGCGCCGCUGCGAGGCGGCAGGACUAGCGGUUAGAUGGCGUGGGGCGGAGCGCGGCAGACAGCGGCCCUGGGCUUGGCGCUGCGGCUGCUCCUCGGACUAGGUCUGGAGGCCGCUCCGACCCCGACUGCGACCUCGGUCCUGGCGGGGACCUCCGCCCAAGUCCCAGGCCCAGGCCCUGGCUCGUGCCCGCCCACCGACUUCCAGUGCCGCACCAGUGGCUUCUGUGUGCCCCUGACCUGGCGGUGCGACAGUGACUGGGAUUGCGCUGACGGCAGCGAUGAGGAGGAGUGCCGGAUCGAGCCGUGUGCCCAGAACGGGCAGUGCCCACCAUCCACUGGCCUCCCCUGCUCCUGCGACAGUCUCAGCGAUUGCCCGGGAGGAGCCAGCGGGGACCGUCACAACUGCAGCCACCGGUCCUGCCCGCCAGGGGAGCUGCACUGCGCGCUGGGUGAUGCCUGCAUCCCGCACACCUGGCGCUGUGACGGCCACCGGGACUGUCCCGACGCCAGUGAUGAGCUUGGCUGUGGAACCGACGUGACGGUCCAGGGUGGGAACACCACAACCACAGAGACCCCCGUGUCCCUGGAGAAUGUCACCUCCCCUGGGAAUGCUACAGCCUUCUCUAUUGGGGACCAGUCUAGAAAAUUAAGUGCCUAUGGUGGUAUCGUAGCUGCUGCGGUGCUGAGUGCCAGCCUGGUCGCGGUCGCGACCCUCCUCGUGCUGUGGCGGCUCCGAGCCCAGGGGCGUCUGGCCCCACUGGGGCUGCUGGUGGCGGUGAAGGAGUCCCUGCUGCUGUCAGAACGCAAGACCUCGCUGCUCUGAGGACCAGCGUAUGCCACCAUGUCACCGCGGUCCCCAGUACAGCUAGGCUGGAGAGGACGGCGCUGGGGACGUGAAGGCGGCUCUGGCCCACGGGACCUGAGACUCAGGGUUUUCUAGCCAUGUGGAACUUUGAACCCAAGCUCCUGCAGACAUGGCUCCAGGGGUUGGGGGCCCCUGGGUGCACCGCCUGGACAUGGGGAGCUUGGAGGGAGUGACACACCACAGCCGGAACCGAAGGGCUGGCCCCAGACUGCUGCGGGGCAGGACGGCCCCACGCCCACACACUCCUGCUUUCUUCUGAGGGUGGAGAUUAAAGCUGUCCC